AUGGCGGACAUAGCGAUGCUGGUGGCCGAUGAGGCGUUCGAGAAGAGGCUGCAGCGAGGGGCGCCCUUCGCCGGCGCCGGCGAUGAGGCGUCCAAGGGCAGGGAGAACUUCCGGGCCGUGACCAAGGUGUGUGGCUCAUGGGCGUCGGGGGUCAAGGUGCGCGUCGCGCUGCUCGUCAAGGCCGACCUGGUGGCCGAGCCCAAGACCCCGAUCGCCAUGGCAGCCUUCGACGGCUUCUUCUCUGCUUAA